AUAUAAAUAUAUCGCAGGCGGCUGACAAAAUUUGCAUUUUCAAUACGCUUACUGCAACAGACAGAACAUGACUCGCAGGAUUCAUUUUGCAUGCAGCUGCCUGCCGCCGCUGCUGCUGGUGCUGCUGCUUAACUUUAAAGCUGAGCUUGUGGCCAGCGAGCAUUCAUGGUGCGAUCCUCAAUUGUGUAAUACGGGCAGCACUCACGUGGCCUGCAACAAUACAGGCGAAUUCAACGAGAAUUGCGCUGAGGAUGCAGUUAUGAUCAACUUGCAGCCACAUCGUGACUUUAUUCUGGCCGAGCACAACAAACGUCGUAACUUUAUAGCCGCAGGGCAUUUACCUGGUUAUUAUCCCGCCGCGCGCAUGGCCACAAUGAUCUGGGACGAGGAACUGGAAUACUUGGCCACCUUGAACUUGAAGACAUGCGAUCUGGAGCACGACGAGUGCAAUAACUCGUAUCGCUUCCGCAAUGUCGGCCAGAAUCUGUGUGGCGUGGAUCGACCGCGCAACAGACCAUUGAAUGUCCGUGGCAUUGUGGAGAACUCGAUGGGCCUUUGGUUCGGCGAGUAUCCACUUAUCGACAGCAGCUACAUAACCCAGUUCCGUGUGGCCAGGCAUCUUGAUAAAUAUGGACACUUUGCGGAAACAGUGGUGGAUCGCAAUACGCACGUUGGCUGUGCUAUGAUGAGGUUUACCAAUCCUCAAUAUCCCUUCCUCUAUAUCUACAACAUGGCCUGCAACUAUGCCAGCACCUAUGCGGUUGGUGUGCACGUGUAUAAGGUGGGCGAACCUGCCUCCGAAUGCUUAACGGGUGCGAAUCCCAAGUAUCCCGCUCUGUGCUCCCUGAAGGAACAAUAUAAUCCCAAUUAUAAUGAUUAUUGAUUAAACUGAUUACCAAAGAUAUG